AAUCCUUCGUGUUUUUGCUACUAAAUUACUCUUUUCUUUUUAAAACCUUUUUUCCCCUUAUUUAUUGCAAGCGACUGCUUCAAGUUUCUCUCUCCUUUUCUCCAUCCUCGCUGCCAAGCUUCUUCCUGCAGGAGAGCUUUCAGGAAAAAUCUCGUUACUUCUUCGCCGAUGGCUUCAAAGCGGAUCUUGAAGGAGCUGAAGGAUCUGCAGAAGGAUCCUCCGACGUCGUGUAGUGCAGGUCCAGUAGCUGAGGAUAUGUUUCAUUGGCAAGCAACAAUAAUGGGUCCACCUGACAGCCCAUAUGCUGGAGGAGUAUUUCUAGUCACCAUCCAUUUUCCUCCAGAUUAUCCCUUUAAACCACCAAAGGUUGCUUUCAGGACAAAAGUUUUCCAUCCAAAUAUUAACAGCAAUGGUAGUAUUUGCUUGGACAUCCUCAAGGAACAAUGGAGCCCUGCGUUAACAAUCUCCAAGGUUCUACUCUCCAUCUGUUCCCUCUUGACUGACCCGAACCCAGAUGAUCCAUUGGUUCCUGAGAUCGCACAUAUGUAUAAAACGGACCGUGCCAAGUAUGAGACCACGGCAAGGAGCUGGACGCAAAAGUAUGCAAUGGGCUAGGCCAGGAUUGAUCAAUUCUGAUUUCCUUCUUAAUACUCUAUGCGGGGAGGUAUCUAUAUUGUUAUUUUUAUGUCACGAAUGUAAAAUUGUUUGUCCUUGUCCAUCAUCCUAUUGCUGAAACUUGGGAAGGAAAUCCCCAAUUGACUUGCUAGGAAGAAAUUAAGAAGAUGAAUGACAGAUUUCUGCUAAUGCAGCUUUUUAUUUUGCUUUCGUGUGUAAAUUAUGCGAAUUAGGUUUCUUGAUUUCAUCGUGUCAUGAAAGCAUUGAGGACGCAUAGUUUAGAAUUCCUGUAUGAUAUUAUUUUGUCAAAACAAAGAUGCUGGGCCAUGAAGGUAUAUUUAGCCAACAA